AUGCCUCCAGCUAACGUUGAUAUCGAGUCUCCCCCAGCGGAGGACAAGGGAAUCAAUGAGGGCACGCGCACUUCCGGGAGUGAUGAAGGCCCUUCAGACAAGGCCGCCCAGAUCUCUACAGCCGCCCUGUUGCGCAAUCCGCUUCUGGGGUUUUCUCAUAGCCAGCUCAUGGCAGACGUGGACGCCUUCACAGAGAAAUACGAUCUGAGCGAGCACCGCGAUUCUUUUCGCAAAGGGGCCUUGGUCGCCCAAGUCAGCAAUACCCCUGAUGGUUUUGAGAAAAUCGCCGAAUUGUCAGAAGACGAGAAGGCUGCGCUCAGGAAAGAAGUCACCCAUCGCUGGGACCAGCCUUUCAUGCUUUACUUCCUUGGACUGCUAUGUGCUGGUUCGGCGAUAGUGCAGAUAUGGCUCCUGAACGGUGCGCCUUAUGCUUUCUCUGCGCUUUUCGGGUGCUGGACCUCACCAUUUCUGAACAAAUGGACGGGCCGUCGUGGCACAAUCUUUAUCUCAUGUUUCUUCUCCGUUGUGACCGGAUUCUGGAUGGCAGCAGCAGACUCUUGGUACAAUCUCUUGAUUGCGCGCUUCGGUCUCGGCCUUGCUGUUGGCGCAAAGAGCAGCACGACACCAGUAUACUCGGCGGAAUGUGCACCAAAAGCUAUUCGUGGUGCUUUGACCAUGAUGUGGCAGAUGUGGACAGGUGUCACCUCCGUCCCACCCUUGAUCGUGAUGCUACAGGUCUAUUUCUGCCCCGAAAGCCCGCGCUGGUACAUGGAGAAAGGCAAAUAUACGAAGGCGUUCCGCUCGGUCCAGCGGCUGCGUCGCCACACGAUCCAAGCCACGCGAGACAUGUACUACGCGCACAAGCUCCUUGAGGUCGAGACCAAAGCGAGGAGCGGCCAUAGCUGGAAGGAGUUCUUCACGGUUCGUAGGAACAGACGGGCAGCCACUUUCUCGUACUUCGUCAUGUUCAUGCAACAGUUCUGCGGGAUCAAUGUCGUUAUGUAUUAUUCCACUGCGAUCUUCGAACAGGCCGGCUUUGAAAGAAACGAGGCGUUGCUUACAAGUAUGGGAAUGGGCCUGAUCAAUUGGUUGUUUGCACUCCCCGCCUUCUACACGAUCGACACAUUCGGCCGCAGGAACCUAUUGCUGGUCACGUUCCCGUUGAUGGCACUCUCUUUGAUCUUUACAGCAUUCAGUUUUUAUAUCCCCGCAGGGACUGGACAGCUGGCCUGUGUCGCAACCGGAAUUUACCUUUUUGCAGCUGUCUACUCGCCCGGAGCUGGUCCAGUACCGUUCACUUAUUGUGCCGAGGCGUUCCCGCUGCAUAUUCGGGAUAUCGGAAUGAGCAGUGCCACCGCCGUAACGUGGGGCUUCAACUUCAUCAUCAGCUUCACGUGGCCGAUGAUGAUGGAAAGCUUCACGGCCACUGGGGCCUUCCUCUGGUACGCCGGGUGGAACGUCUUCGGCUUCGUGGUCGCGUAUUUCUUCCUUCCCGAAACUAAGAGUCUCACGCUUGAGGAGCUGGAUAGCGUUUUUGCCGUCCGCAACCGUGACCACGCGCAGUAUUAUGCAAAGAAGGCGCCAUGGUACGCUAACAAGUAUCUACUGCGCCGGGACGUCGCGCGAUUUCCCGCGCUCUACGAGGUUGACGAUGAUGCUGAGGAAGGUCACCAUGGAAUGCAGGAGAAGUCAGUAGUGCAGGAGGCUGAGCGUGGGUCGGCUUCGGAUGGAAUGAGGAAGAAACACAGUUGA